AUGGCGGGUAGUCGCAGCGGCAGCAGCUGCCAGGCAAUAGAAAAUCAGCUAAAGAUAUGUGGCUUUAAGAGGGAUAUGGAUGUCUCAGUGUUGUACCUUGCUGGACAGGGACUAAAAGAAGUCCCUAAUCUGUCACGAUUUCAGACCUUAAGGUAUUUGUGGCUUAACAACAAUAAGAUCCAGAAGCUAACAUUCUUGAUCAAUAAUUAUCGCUUGACAGAACUCUACCUCAACAAUAAUGAGCUCAUAGAUAUAGCAGGGGCUCUGAAACAUUUGCAUGCAUUGCAGAUCUUGUUGCUUCACAACAACCAGCUGAAAAACCUUGACACAACAGUGAAGGAACUAAAAGGAAUGAUAAGUCUGCAGACCCUAAAUCUAUUUCACAACCCUCUGUCACAAGAUCCAGGGUACCGUCUUUAUGUGACAUACUUCCUUCCCUCAGUACAGCUCCUCGACAGGAAGAAAGUUACUCAAAAAGAAAGGGAAUCAGCUUUACAUAUUUACAACCAUGAAAGGUCCCGUGUUCUCCAGUCUAUAGGUUUUGGAAAGAGAAUAGAUAUGCCAUUGGUGACUAAGACAGUAUCUACCAGAAGCACUCCAUGUGCCAAAAGUUUGCUGCUGUCUCCAGGUUAUGAAGUUGCAAAUCACAUAAAUAAAGUUCCAUUUGAGAACCCCGAAGAUGCUGUUUUUGUGAGGGCAAUGAAGAGAUCUAUAAUGGAAUUUUCCUCUGUGGACUGGAAUAAAAUACCCACCUGUCUAGGAAUAUGCCUUGAAAACAAAUCAGAAGAACCCCAUGAGAAACUGACAGUCAAAUUCAGAUAA